AGUAACCUUGUACCCUGGUAACUGUUAACUUAUUGCCUCUUACGUGUUACCAGUCGUAACAUUAUCGUGUUUGGUUCUGUUACAGUUCCCUUGUUGUCAGUGUUACUGAUGGCGCCAAGAACGACCGUGGAGAAGCAACACAACUGACAGAUGGCGCCAAGAACGACCGUGGGGAAGCAACACAACUGACAGAUGGCGCCAAGAACGACCGUGGGGAAGCAACACAAUCCUGGAGAUGGAUGAACCAUCAGGAGCUGGAAGAGCAGUACUCCCCCUCGAGGUGGUCCAAGCGAUACUCAGCCCAGGAGAUCAUCAAUGUACACGUGAGAGUAGUUAAAGAUCUCUCCCAGGCUGCCAGGGAGACCGUCAGCCACCGCAUCGACGUCCCAUACGGUCCAGGACCCAGAGCUAAACUUGAUGUAUAUGGCGAGGACCUCCCACCAGAGAGCGCCAUAGUGGUAUGGGUACACGGAGGAUACUGGCAAGAGAUUGAGAAGGAUAUCUCAGCGUACCUGGUGCAGCCUCUCUACCACCACGGCAUCCUGACCCUGGUUGUUGACUACGAUCUGGCGCCACAAGUCAGUAUGGAAUGUAUCGUGGAGGAGAUAAGAGCUGCGGUGGUGUGGUCAUGUCAGCUGGCCAGACAGCGAGGCAGUCACUGUGUUGUACUGGCGGGCUGGUCUGCCGGGGGACACCUCGUCACACAGGCACUGAUGCCAGGCUCGGGACAGGAGCUGCCUGACAACACUGACACGUCUCUAUACAAAGACAUUAUCCGCGGUGUAGUGACUGUCAGUGGCGUCUUUGACCUCCGUCCGCUGGUUAACACUUACGUUAACGCACCUCUCCAUCUUACAGAGAGGAGCGCAUGGAAGUUGUCGCCCCUGGCCAGCGUGAAGGAGCUAGGACGAGCAUGGUCACCACUGAGUAUCUUGGUGACGGUGGGUCAACAUGACUCUCCUGAAUUCAAGAGGCAGUCUGAAGAGUUCUGUCAGGAAUGUGUGAAGGCUGGUCUCAAAGCCGAGUACCUGGAGGUGGAGCUUGCAGACCACUUCAGCAUCACUGAGGACUUAUCCAAGGAAGACUUCAGCCUCACACAAAGACUCAUCUCCUUCCUGAAGACCUGCGACCACAUGCACAAAACCAAGCUACCCACAAAGGCUUAACUCUCCCCAAGGUCACAUUACUCAAAGCCAGAAGUCUGAAUAACCCACAUGACUUAUGUACUAUCCAGGAAUAUAAAAUUAUAUUAACAAUCACCUAAGACACUAUGUAUAAAACUAUUCAAACAAGUCAUUGUUUUAUCAAUGUUAAGUUAGUCUUAAGUUUGCCCGAAAUACUGUGCUUUCUGCAUGUUUACCUAAGUGUAAUUCAUCUUAUUCUGCCCGAAAUACCUAGUCAUGCUAGGUGUGAUAGUGGCCCUCUCUGUAAUUAGUUAUAUAUAAUAUGUAAACCACACAUUGUAAUCUUUAUAGAGAAUAAUCUUCAUUUGAUUUGAUUUGUACAAACAUUAUAUCAAGCUGAAGUGAAUUAUCUUAUCUUAAUUAUAGCCGCUGUUAGAAGAUAAAUAUUGGACAAGAUAAUGUAGAUAGAAGCCAGGGCGUUUGGAGUCAUAUGGAAA